GUUGCAGGUAGAGAGACCCUGAGAGAGAGAGAGAGAGAGAGAGAGAGGGGACGCGAGUGGAGGAGCUCGUGCAGGAGCUCGUUCACACCUGGACUGUGUUGAAGCAGCUGUCCUCCUCUCUGUAGCACACAGCUGUUACUAAUGGCCACAGAGAGAGGCAGAAAGCAGGGCUAGUUUUAUUUUUCUGACAGAAAUCAACAGGGUCUCCUCCAGCCGCGGAGAACACAGCUGAGGACGAAGACACGGACUGACUUUGUCUUCAUCUCCUUAACGAGGAUUCCAAAGGCCAAAACCCCGACCGACACAGAUACAGUCCUGUACCGGGGCUCACUGCUACUGCAGCCCGCUGUGUGCUCAGGAGGACCCGGGAGGCUCACUGAACACCGCUGGAAGAUGGAAACAAGCGUUAUGACUGACACAGAGGCUUAAAGCUGGUGUGUGUGUGUGUGUGUGUGUGUGUGUGUGUGUGUGUGUGUGUGUGUGUGUGUGGACAGACUGAAAGAAAAAUGGUCCAAGUUUGCGGAGAGGAAGGACAUAAAGCAUGUUUCACAACCGAAUAACGGACAUUUCUCCUCAUUUAGCAAACAUAACUGAAUGUUUGUCCGGCUGGCCACAUUUCUGUCGGAAUGUAAACAAAUAACUUCCCGAAAACUUCAAGUAUCAGAAGCUUCAUUUGAAUCCAGGAAACCGACACAGACCGACUCUAAUCUGAAUGGAGUUGUGUGAGACGAGGGAUGAGCUCUGUUAGCACGGCCCUGCUGGGCAGCAGUGGCACCAACUACACAGCUGACACCUCGGGUCCGGGCUUCACCGGCCAGCUGGGCACCGCCACACCUGUUGUGCCGAGGGUUGUUUCCAUAGUGACUAGCCUAGUGACCGUCACCACAGAGGCCACAGUGGGAACCACAGGGAACCUAUCAGCCUUCAGAGACCAAAGAGGGAGCGAGCUCAGUCAGAUCCAUCAGGCGUUAACCCCAUCGGUGCUGAGCGCUGCUGAGAGUAACUCUGUCUUGCAGGGCAUCACGGUGGCAGCUCAGGCCCUGGUACUCCUCUCCAUCUUCCUCCUCUCCAGCCUUGGCAACUCGGCGGUUGUCAUCGUAAUCAUCAAGCACAGGCAGCUUCGAACAGUGACCAACGCUUUCAUCAUGUCGCUGUCGCUGUCAGACUUCCUCACGGCUGUCCUAUGUCUGCCGUUCUCCUUCGUCAUGCUCUUCAGUAAGGAUGGUAUCUGGAUGUUCGGGGAUAGAUUCUGUGUGGCCAACGGCUUUUUCAACACCUGCUUUGGUAUCAUAUCCACCUUGACAAUGACUUUGAUCUCCUUUGACAGGUACUACGCCAUAGUCAGGCAGCCACAGGCUAAAAUAGGGCGUCAGAAAGCAACACAGUUGUUGAUAGCUGUGUGGUUAACUGCAGUCAUUUUCUCUCUGCCUUGGUAUCUGUUGGUCCGAACACCUCCAGAAAUCCAUAAGCGAGGUUUCUACCACUGCAUGUAUGUGUUCCACUCGGGGACCUCUCGCAUGGGGACGGCUUACAGCAUCUCCCUUAUUGUUGUAUGUUAUUUACUGCCCUUCUCCCUCAUGUGUUUUUGUCAUUAUAACAUCUGUAAGACAGUCCGGCUCAGUGAAAUCCGAGUCAGGCCGGUGACAACAUACGCAUACUUGCUGCGGUUUUACACUGAAAUGCGAACUGCCACCACGGUUCUGAUCAUGAUCGUUUUCAUCAUUUUUUGUUGGGGGCCAUAUUGCUUAAUGGGGUUGGUUACAGCGAUGGGGGACUUCACGUUCAACCCUGCAAUGGACACAGUGGCCAUCUGGCUAGCCUGGGCAAACGGAGCCAUCAACCCUCUGAUCUAUGCCCUGAGGAACCCCAACAUAUCCAUGUUGCUGGGGCGGAACAGAGAGGAGGGCUAUCGGACCAGAAAUAUCGCUGCGUACCUCUCCAGCCAAACCCAGAACCGUGAAAUUCGGCUUAACCAAGCAGAGAGGAUAAGGGACCGCUAUGGACGCCCAACCCGACACUGCAGCACUACCCAACUCUGUCAGCGCUCCAAAGAUGAAGACAGCCGACACCAGCCUGUGAUAUUCUGGACGAGUUCCUAACCAUCUAAUGAUUGUGUUCAUCUCAUCUGUAUUUGUCGUUGUGGAUCUAGAGACUGCUAUCACCAGUUUGUCACAUAUUUGGAAAAUACCUGAUAGUAUUUAUGUGUCUUCAGAUCAUAGACCACCACUAAUUUUUUGUUCCAGGAAUUGAAAAACACCACUUCAGUUGUUCAUGUACUAGUAUUAAACUGCAGAACUGUUUACAGUAUGUGGAAAGACAAAAAUACGACAGUGAAAACUCUGUUGUAGCUGCAGCUGUUGUACAAUAGCUAAUGACAGUUCAAUAAAAUUCCUUUUGGAGGACACCAUGAAGUCCUCUCAAGAAUCCAUGGCACUUCCUCUGGAAUCUCAUUGAUUAAACAUGGAAGGGGAUGCAAAACAUGUCGGUAGACACCCAAGACAAGUUUGUGCUUGUGCUACAGGUCUUCAUGUCAGAAAUCAUUUCAUAUGUAAAUGCAGCAUGUGGAUAUGGAAAACUGAUCAAGUAUCUAGCACUUCCUUAAUCCUUAACCUUCCAUGCUUUAAACAUGUACUGUAGGCCUACAUGUCAUUUUCAGACUCUCACAGUUUGUUUACAUGAAUAAAAGGACCUGAUACACUUACAUUAGGGGUGGCUGUGGCUCAGAGGCAGAGCGGGUUGUCCACUAAUUGGAAGGCUGUUUGUUCGAUCCCCGCCACACGUCGAAGCAUCCUUGAGCAAGAUACUGAACCCCAAAUUGCUCCCGAUGCUGUGCAUCAGUGUGUGAAUGUGUAUGAAUGAGUUAGUUUCUGUUUGAUGGACUUUGCCAUCACUGAGUGAAUGUGUGUGAAAGGGUGAAUGUGGCACGUAGUGUAAAAGUGCUUUGAGUGGUCGGAAGACUAGAAAGGCGCUAUACAAGUACAGGUCCAUUUACCAUUUACCAUUUACACUUUUCCAACAAGCCACCCCUUGCUGUGGUGACUAAUGACUGAGUGUCCUCCUUCAGAAGCAAAGGCCAGAUAGAACCUCUGACAGUCUGGUCACACCAGAAAGUGAUUGUGAGAAUGCAUUUUAGUCAAAGCAUUCCACAUCUUUUCCUCUCCACACGGACUGUUGCCUGCAUGCAACCAAAGCGCGCUCAAACAUGAUUGCUACUACUAGUACUAAGUACUACUUGGACUACAAAUGGAAACCAGAACCCUUCUGAUGCCAAAUCUCAGUUCAUUUAUUGAAGAGGCUUAUCGUCUCUCAAUCAUCUGCAAACCAUGCGUCUUUUGUGACCAGUUCAUACUCCAGCAGGGCAUGGUAAUAAUAAAGUGAAUGGUGCAACAUAGCUAGUACACUAAGAUAGCUUCCUUUGUUUUUUACAGUUGGCUCUCUGUUGCCAUAAAGGUCACCACUGUCAAGACAGUUUGCUACCAGUUAGUGGCGCACAUAUGUGAGCCAAAGUUCACCCACGCUGACUUGUAUGGAUGAAUUACAAAUGAACUGCACACUGUCGUUGUGGAAGACACUGACAGACUACCUGUAUUGUCCCCAAAGUGUGAAGACUGCAUUCUCUUUGUAGUUUUUUAUUAAGUUGUAGAUUUGCCUUUCCAACUAAUUUUUUCCCACUUACAAAGAAAAUGCGUCACUAAAUGCAACGUAAUGUUACAAAGCUGCUUGUCAUGGUCUGACAACUGUUUUGUUCAGUUCAGCCGGUCCAUAUAAACUUUGUUAAUUAGGUUUAAUGGCUCAGCAACCACCCAUCUGCACCCAUGCACAGUAUUUAAAAGGUAAAGAGAGCUUCAGACUCUGAAUGACUUCUGAAAAACAUCAUUUUAGAUGCAGAGGUGGAGCUAUGCUUGGCGGGAUACAGGGGAAAGACCAUUAUCCACAUGGGACCCUUCGACUAAUGAAUUAAGAGACAGGAACUCAGUCUCAGAUAUUAACUACACCCACCUGAAUGGCUGUCUUUUUGUUAUAGUCAUGCAUUUUAUCCACCAUGAAAUGUACAGUAUAGCUCCACUGUCUGCUGGGGGUGGGCGUUAGGAAUAGUUUUUGUUAUUACUUUGUCCUGCCUAUAGCUAUGUGUAAAUGCAUUUUUAUCACACUUUUGUCGUCAACAAUAAAGAGGUUAGAUUUUUUAUUUUCAAAUUCC